CACCGCGUGGGAGGGAGGGAGGGAGGAUGGAUGUGAUCAGGACUCGCAAAAUGGCGGCGUUGUCGGGCCGCAGGUAGGAAGCUGACAGCACGGUGAUGUGUGUGUGAAGUUCAACCUUUGAAAAAGGGAGCACUACAGUUGUGAUAUAAAGCACACAAAAAAACAAAAACAAAACAUCGCUGGAGGAAUUCAGAGAUUCCGGCAACAUCUAUGAGGGGUAUGCAAUGCAUCAGUCUGAAGAAAGUAUGAAUUGCGAUGAAGAGCAAGUGCCAAAGUCAGAGCCAGGGGUAUUUGAAUGCAGCUUAUGUGGACUCAGAGCACCGUGUAACUACUAUGGACAAAAACCUCCAAAUGCACGUUCUAUUGUACUACUCGAGAAAUGCUACACCAUGAAUGAUCCAUUCAUUUCCCAAAAGGACAGGUUUCUUAUAAUUGGAUCUCAUUGUAGUCUGUGCAACAAAAUUGUAUGUGUUGGGCAAGAAUGUAGCCUUUUCUACACAAAGCGUUUCUGUAUUCCCUGUGUUAAGAAGUACAUUGAACAAUUCCCCGAAGAGAUUCAAUCGGACCUACGGAAGAAAAAACACCAGCAAAACCCUCAGUCCUCCAGUUGACCACAGCACAAGAUUGGCUUCAACAAGAAGCCUUGGGAGCCGAUCCAUUGCACUGAAGCUUUUCUUUUGUGAAUACAAAUUCAACGGAUUGUGCUAUCUUUUUAAAACAAUUUCUAUAAAAAUUAUACUAUAUAACAUCGGCAGAAAGAUUGUUAUAAAUGAUUUCAUAUAUAUAGGAACAAAUAAAUGAAUGAACCAAACAGAACCAUUUUUCCUUGCUGCGAAUGUUAAUAGGAAUAUUUACUUCCAAUCAAUGGACAGAAAUUACAAGAGCAUUGGUAUUAAAAAGUAUAAAUACAGCUCUAUGGUUCAAUAGAGGGAUAAAACUUAUGUUUAUCUGCAA